AUGUCGCAGACUGUGCGCAUCCGCACGGAGAUGCCUGGUCCUCUUCCCCGCUGCUUCACGUCAAAUAGUACUGCCACUGCUACUGCUGCAUCUCCCUUCCCGGGGUUUGUUCCGGGUGUGUCAUUUGAUGCAUCGGCUCCGUCCAGGCGCCAGGCACUUCAGCAGUUCCAUCGGUUUGAGAUGAUGACGGAGGUGGAGGAGCGUCUGCGCGCGGAAAGUGGCCUUGUGCUCUCCGACGAUGAAGGCGUUGGCUUGAGGGACCAGCACGUGAAGUUUAGCGACGCCGUUGUUGAUAGUAGUAGUGGUGGUGGUGGUGGUGAUAGAUUCACCGGGGAAUCCGCUGCGAGAGCCGCGCUUCAUGACGCUCGGGAAGAAUUAGCAGGACGGACUCUUCACGUGGAUCCGUACCGCGAAGAAGAUCUCUGGUUGGAGGCGGAGCGGGAAGCACGAUUAGAGGGGGACGAGGAAGAGGCAGCGCGGGGCGGCGGUGCCUUCUUCAAGCACCGGCACGUGCCCAUUGGAUCGAACGACGCACUCGAGGAGAACAACCAUUCUGCUCUAAUGGAUCAACUUGGAAACUUGCAGUUCCGAAUCACGCAGACUCGACUACGACAGCAGCGGCGAUGGCGUCACACUCAGAGUGAUGCUUCUGGUGAAGUGGUACUUAGUGAGGAGGAUGAGCCCGAGUUUGAUCCAGAUAGCUAUAUUGCACCCUUGUUGCGUCCUGAAGAGAUGAUGGGUGAUGAUGAUCUGUCGCUGCUGCUUCAACCGCCCACAGGCGGUGACGCGGACAUGAAUCAGCAAGAUGAUCUGCAUUCUAUCCUGCCAGACGGUGUGAGUGUACAGGAGGCGCUACGGCUACUCCAGUACAGCAUUCAGUCAGAUCGCCCCGACGUUGCCGCUUGUGUGCGGAAGUGCCAAGAGGACCUGCAGCAGCGCAACCACGUGACAACGCUUGCCAAUAUUCCCGUGAACAAAGAGACGAACCGCGGUAACAAGGCGGAGGUGCCACCACGGCGUGUGGAGCGGCCACAGCCACAGCCACCAUCCGCAGCCGAGCUGGCGGCACUGGUGGCGAAGUCGCUGCCACCUAUCCCAGAAGAGCUGCGCGACGAACUGACGGACCAGCGGCGCCUUCUUGAGCGGCUCGCAGCGGCUCAGGAGGAGAGUCACCGCCGACUCGCGCGUGAGCAGCAAGACGCGUCUUGGCGACGCCUUCUCGCCCCACGUGCGGACCCCACCGCGUUACCGCUCUCCUCCGCUACAUUGCACGGGUCGGAGCCGUACGAAGUUGCUGAGGCGCUGCAGAGGUUGCAGAAGGACUCCAAUCAGCCUCUGCCGCCUGUCAUUACCAUCACAACGAUGCGCCCACAGCCCCCUGCACCGCUGAGGCCGUCAGUGCCGCCUCCACACUACUUGCAGGACGAGUUAGAUCGGCUGCACCAACAGUAUAAACACAUCCUGCGCGAUGAGCGGCGUGCGUGGAUGAACAUCAUAGAAAAACAAAAGGAGACGUUGAAUCGGGAGAAGAAUGCUGCGGUAGAAACUCUACGCUACACAACAGCAGUUCAGCAAAGAGAAAAUGCGGAGGAGAUUAAACGCGUGAUUGUUGCCCAGGAGCACAAGCGGCAGCGCUGGCAGCAUGCUGCCGAAGUUAAACAGCAGCAAGCCUUCCAGCAGAUGCUCUACAAGGCCAUGCCGGCAGGAAGCACAGGAGUGGGGGCUCCCAUUGCGGCACCUGCUCGUCAGCACCCUUCGCCUACAGGGUCUCGACAUGACGUCCAUCCGAGUCCGAAAAAAAGACGGUGUUUUAAGCGUGCAGGCAAAAAUGAGAAUGAGAAGUCUGCUGAUGCGAAGAGAGAAGUGAGCAGCAAACCAAGGCGACCCACUCAGAAGGGUCCAUACCGUGUGGUACUGCCUAAAGAAGAAUGGGAGAGUACCCGGACAAAAUCUCGCGAUGGGUCUCUGGAACGAGUAGAUGAGGUGGUUGAGUUGUCUGACAAUGAAAUGGAGAAAUCACCACCGUUGCCAUUCGCCGAAACGGCGGGCGGUGCUCGCAUUUUCACCACGAGCCGGAAGAUUACGAAGGCGUCUUUGACACCAACGGGUAAGGGCAUUGGUGCCAUUCGACCGCCACGGCGCUCUCCGUACGCCGCUUCGGCGAAGCGUCCCGCAUCGGUUAGAACUACUUCCAAGCGUCCACACGCUCCCUCACCACAUCGGGGUGUGAAGCUCCAGCGCAGGACUUCCGAUACAGACCGAAUAGGCGCUGCAACGCCCUACGCCUUCGAUGUGAAAGGCAACCGAAUUACUGCUACCAGGAGGUUUGAAAGCACAGCAGAAAGCGUCCUGGCUGCAUCAUCGCUUCCAUCAGAGGAGAGUGUUGUCCCUCUCAUUACUGCCGAUGGAGCACAGGGACGGCACGAGGCCGAUGCUAUUUUACUGCGCAGCGUUGUGCUGCUCUCUGACCCACUUGCACCGGAGGAGGCGGCCAGGCGCCGGAGUCUGGAGAGUGCUUACGACGCAUCCCGCUUCGUCCCACCACCAGCAUCGCAGGAUGGAGAUGGACUGCAAAGGCCGUGUGACAUGUACUACUUUGGCGAGGAGCGCAGCGCGAUGACACCACACCGACGUGCCAAGCUUCUCGCGGCAGAGGCGCAGACUCGCAUAGAGGCCCGGCGCCGUUUGGAGCGCAUCAAGGCAAACUCGCUUUCCCCGAAGAAUCAACGACUCGGAGAGGCUGCUGAAGAGCAGCAGUAUGAUGGAGAGGAGACGGAACGACGAUUAGCAGAUCUGCUCGCCAACGAGACAAUUCACUGCAUCAUAGGAGAAGCAGCAGAGGAAACCCUAUUCGUUGAUUUAAUGCGGGAGCUAGAAAGUGAACUGGUUCGGGCCGAGCUUCACCGCAUUGCAUCAAGUGAUUUUAUGCGGAGAGGUGGAAACGAAGAGCAUGAGGAACAUCAGACGGGUGUGCAGGAGGUAAUGCAGUUCGAACGGGUAACGUCGAGGACCGGAACUCGAGGCGGAUCUGUUAGUGAAGAGAUGACAUUGGAGGAAACAAUCCUGAGACACCUUGAAGAGAGUAUGCUGCAUGCCCUGCAGGACUCCUUGGUGGAGAACGUGAAGGAAACCGCAGAAGAAGCAGUUAAGGUGCGCAGUGAAGAUACAACGCACAGGGUGACCGAGGUAGACGCAAGGGUGGAGGAAAACCCGCCAUGGGUGCGGGAAGUCGUCAGUGCUACCACGGAUCCACUCUGGCGCCAAUCAGAGGAGGUGAAGGCACCUCCAGAGCAGCCACUAUUGCUCCUGCCACCCCCUUCAACAACAACAACAUUAGUAACACCAGCAACAGGUGGAAGUCCUCCACCAACACUAGAACAGCCGAAGUCUGGCAUUCUGGUAGCCGUGGAAGGAGCUGGCAGCGGCAGCCGAAUUCUGCCUGGUGUUUGUGACACGAUCAGGAUUGUUUUGGAUGUCGCCCCAGUGGUAGAGCAUAUUGCCGCUACGCUACCCUCACAACCGCCAGUGACACAACCAACACGCGGUGCUUCCAUUGCUAGCGAGGACCGACGAUUGCUCUACGCGGCAGAGGAGGAUUUGCGUUUCUGCGAGGUUGUGGAUGCCCCGAGCAUCCAGGGUGGUAGUGCAGCAGUGGGUGAAACGGUUAGUACCGUCACACGGCACAUAAUACCUUCAUCUGGAGCCCCUGUUGCCUCGGCGGGCCUGCCGGUUGGCGCUUUUCCACCAGCGGUAGCCGCGCCAAACCCAGUUAUGCCGGCUGUUGUUGUUCCGCUUGCAACAGCUCCUGUCGUCGAACCGCAACAGCACCUUGAGGAGGAAUGGCGAAUGCUGCGGAGUCGAUGCCAGGAUGAUGAGACAUUGCGGCGUGAGACACUGGAAGAACAAGAAGAGACACUACGUGCUUCUUGGCACAUGAUGUGGGACUGGCAGAGGUCAAAUGUUGCAUUCCUGCAACAUCAGCAAAAACAAAAUCAGCUGCAGCAACAACAAGUGUGCCAGCCUUCUCUCCCGACGGAGACUCAGUUUCCCAAUGCAGUGCCACACGCCAAUGUCUCAGAGGAGGUGGCCCAACAUGAUGGUAACAUUCUUCCACCGGCGCCAUCCUCGAUGGGCAUACGUGAUCCUAUCACGAAGUUUAUUUUUGAGUGGAUGCACGACUACGAUGAGACCGAGGGGGAGGAUUUGGGACCAAAGGGCUUUGUGGGGCGGCUUCACGAGGCGAGCCACAUGGCAGCGUGGAAAGCGAGGGAAGCCGACGAGGCAGCAGCAGCAGGAGAAAGAACAACUACAGCAACGACAGAAGUAGACGAGAUGAAUGUGCGCCGCCGGCUGUUGAUGGACAUUGAUAACACGGAGUUUUCCUCUUGGCUUUCCUCCACGCAUCCGAGCAGCGCCGGUGAGGAUGGCAUCCCGAAAUUCGUGACUCGAGCCUCUCACACCGUUCCUCAGGUGCGACGCACGUACCGCCACAGCGAUGAGAAUCCCUCCUCUGCCACGACUGAAACAACUCGCUACACGUCAUCGCCACCCUGGCUUACUCAGGUGGCGCGGAGCCGCGGACUCUCUCCACCUGUGGCGUGCUCCACUCCGAUGGUGCGUACCACAACAAGUACAACAGUGACAACAUCAAGUACCAGCCGCACAUGGCCCACGACUAGCUCCUCGGAGAAGUUGCACCUUAGCGAGGUGUUACAGCGCCGCCUCCAUUCGCUUCAGCAGUCAGUGCAACAGGAGCCGCCACAGUGGACUCUGGAGGAACUGCGGGCUCGUGUAGAGACUCUGCAGGCUGAUGAGCAGCGCGCUUCCGAGGAGGACGCCCGUCGCUGGGGGUUCGCUGCUGAGCAGCUGCAGCACACAGGGCCUCCCGUUCAGUCGGCACCGUUGCCGCAGCAUCCACAGUGGUGGUAG